GACCCUGUGUCCCUGCUGCCUGUAGACAUGGUGUCUCGUGGUUUCAGUAUCUUCUCCAUCCUGCUGAGGUACGCUGUGGACAUGUUGACCUGGGACCAGGAGGACCAGCUGCCUGUGGGACUGGAGCCCCCGGACAGAGGAGACACCUACUACUGCAUGUUGUUCAAUGAUGAGGUCCACACGUAUGAACAGGUCAUCUAUACGCUGCAGAAAGCCGUCAACUGCAGCCAGAAGGAAGCUGUCAGCUUCGCUACCACCGUGGACAGAGACGGCAGGAAGUCGGUUCGAUUUGGAGAUUUCCAGUUCUGUGACCAGGCCAAGUCUGUCAUUGUGAGGAAUACCAGCCGGCAGUCGAAGCCCCUCAGAGUCCAGGUCAUGCACUCGUCAGUCGUCGCUCAUCAGUGUUUCGCUCUGAAGGCGCUCAGCUGGCUGGGGCAGGUCAUCCAGUACUCAGACGGUCUGAGGAGGAUCCUGUGUCAGGUGGGCCUGCAGAAAGGUGCAGAGGGAGAUUACUCCUCGCUGGUCGACAAGCUGAUGCUCAACGACUCCAAGAUGUGGAAAGGUAACCGCU